AUGCCGCGCGAGCGCCGCGCGGGCGCGGCGACCGCCCUCGUCCUCGUCACCGUCCUCGUCCUCGUCGUGCGAAUCACCGCGGUGGACGGCGAGGGCGCCAUCGAGCGCACGACGCGAAGGAUUCGAACGCUCGCCCAGAAUGCGUUCGAUGCGUGGCCCAUGGGAGGUCACGGGUUUCACACGCGUGACCUGUGCGCGCGGGCGCGAAACGAAACCGCGCGAUCGGUCCUCGGACAGUCCGCCGCGCUCGCGCUCGCCCUGGACGCGACGUGCGAUCACGUCGAGGGGUCGAUGGGGGACGGGCGAGGGAAACCGCUCGUGCUCGCAACGCACGGAAGUCCUGGGGUGGGGAAAUCAAUGUUUCACUCGGCGCUCGCGCGGGCGGUGUACGACGUCGGGGCGUCGGAGGAGGGCGAAUGGGUGGGUGGUCGGACGACGUGUCCGGGGAGUGGGUGUCGGGGGUACAAGGUGAUUUUUGGGACGGAUUACGUCGCGCGCGAGCGAGACGCCCAGGCGCGCAUGUUGCGAGACGCGGUGACGCGACACUUGGAGCGAUUUCCAGAGUCCAUCAUCGUCGUGGAGGAGUACGAUAAGCUCGGGUGUCCGGCGCGGGGGAUGCUGAAACAGAUGCUCGAACACGGGAGCUCUGGGACGAGCGAUGGGAACCCGUUUGAUCGCGUCGUCGCCUUCGCGAGGUCGAUUUUCAUUCUCGAAGCAAACGCGGGCUUCAUGGACGUGCACGACGCGAGCGCCGCGCGCGGGCGCGCGCCCGAGGGUGAGGCGCUCGUGGCGUUGCAACGAAAACUUCGCGAUGGGUUAUUCGAAAAGUGGCGAGACGAUCGAUGCGAAGAUCGCGAGGACACGCUCAAGGCGGUGGGCGCGAUUGACGUCUUCGUCCCAUUCGUCCCGCUCGAUCGCGUCGCGGUGAAAGCCAUCGUGCACGCGCAGCUCGAGCGAAGAGGCCGCAUGAAGAAGCUUCGCGAUGAGCUCGGGCGAUUGGAGUGGGACGACGCCGUGUUAGAGACGUUAGUGGACGAGGUUGAGUUCGAGGGCGAGUACGCCAUCGAGGGCGGGAAGGAGGUGGCCAUCGUGCUCUCGCGAUGCGUCACCCGCGCGUUGCGUCUCCUCGCCGAGGCCGAGAUCGCGCGCGCGGGAACCCACUCGAUCGACUCCCAUGCAUCGAUCCUCCGCGGUCGCGUCGUCAGGCUCAUGAAAACCCCGAGCGGGUCGUCGUCGCGCGCGUCCGGGCCCGUCGUCGCCCGCGUCGUCGACGCGACGUGA